ACUGCCAAGUUCUCGCACAAAGUCCACAAACAAGAAAGACAAACCCAAGAAAGCCCACAAUGAUUUUCUCCAUCAAAUCUCUCUCCUCUCUUCUUCUGCCAAUCUUCCUUGUCCUGUCUUCCACCACCUAUUCAUUCUCUCAUGGAGCUUCUCAGAAUCUUUACCUUCAAACCCUUCACAUUCCAGGGACAAGCAAUGAGAGUGAAUAUGGUGUGGUUUCAUGGGGGAUGAAAAGGUCUGUUCUUGAGGGAAACAAUGGUGAAGCUGCACAGAAGUCAUCUCUGAUAUUGGCCGCUGAGAGAACACACAGGAAAGACCCACUUGACAAUUUAAAGUAUUACACGGGUGGAUGGAACAUUAGUGAUAAACACUACUUCUUUUCUGUGGCUUUUACCGGUGUUCCCCUGUUUCUCACCGCUGCAAUCUGGUUUGUUGGAUUCGGCCUGUCUUCACUGCUCCUCUGUCUCUGUUGUUGCUGCUGCCAACGACGACAAUAUGGCUAUUCUCGAACAGCUUAUGCACUUUCUCUCAUCUUCCUAUCAUUGUUCACCAUUGCUGCAGUUGUUGGAUGCGUUGUUCUGUACACUGGACAAGGGAAGUUCCACAAUAGUACAUCGGAUACGUUGGACUAUGUCGUGAGGCAAUCCAACCUGACUGUCCAGAACCUUAGGAAUGUAUCAGAUUAUCUUGCUGCAGCGAAGCACGUUGGAGUUUAUCAAGUGUUUUUGCCUCGCAAUGUCCAGAACAGUAUUGAGAAGGUUGAAGCGCGGAUUAAUGCUUCUGCUACAACUCUUGAACACGUGACAAUGAAGAAUAGGAACAAUAUAGACAAUGUUUUGAACUCUGUGAGGAUUGCGCUUAUUGUAAUUGCUGCUGUGAUGCUUGUCGUGGCUUUGCUUGGUUUUUUAUUCUCAGUUAUUGGCUUGCAGUUUCUUGUAUACUUCUUGGUGAUGAUAGGGUGGAUUCUCAUAGCAUGCACAUUUGUCUUGUGUGGCGUAUUUCUUGUGCUUCAUAAUAUUGUUGGAGAUACUUGUACUGCAAUGGAUGAGUGGGCCCAAAAUCCCACUGCUCAUACAGCUUUAGACGAUAUUCUUCCAUGUGUGGAUAGUACAACUGCACAACAAACCUUGUCUCAAAGCAAAGAAGUUAACUUCCAAUUAGUCGGAAUAGUUAAUGGUAUCAUCACCAAUGUGUCGAACAUCAAUGCACCGUCGCCUGGUGCUGCUCAUCCUCUCUAUUACAAUCAAUCUGGACCCCUGGUGCCUGUCCUCUGCAACCCAUUUAACUCUGACAAGUCUGCUCGGAUUUGUGCAGCUGGUGAAGUGGAUUUCAACAAUGCAACACAGGUUUGGAAGAACUACGUGUGCCAAGUUUCAGCUAGUAACAUUUGCAACACUACAGGCCGAUUGACUCCCCAAAUGUACGAGCAGAUGGAAAGCGUUGUCAAUGUGAACUAUGGCCUCUAUCAUUACAGUCCAUUCCUCAUCGGAUUACUUGAUUGCAGUUUUGUUCGCGAUACAUUUUCCAGCAUAAGUGUCCAUCAGUGUCCAGAUUUGAGUCGAUACAGCAAGUGGAUCUACAUCGGCUUUGCCAUUGUCUCAGCUGCAGUGAUGCUCUCUUUGAUUUUCUGGGUAGUUUAUGCAAGAGAGAGACAACACCGGAAAUACACCAAACUGAGCAAAGCUGCUUCUGAUGGAGACUCUUUUGGACAGAAAAGGCCAUAAUGAAUGAAUUUUUUUGUUGUUUGAUAAAGUUGGGUCUCAAAAUUAUGCACAUUUUGAAUAUUUUUUGCAAUUUAUAGAGAUGCUUCUUUGAGAUUGAUCA